GUAAAACUAAGGAGCAUGACUGACGUUUCUCUUCUGAAUUUGGCAAUUUCUGAUUUGUUGUUUAUUUUCUCACUUCCAUUCCUGGCAUAUUAUGCAAAAGAUGAGUGGAUUUUUGGGGACGUGAUAUGUAAAGUAAUCCUAGGGUGUUACAGCAUUGGCUUCUACAGCAGUAUCUUUUUUGUAACCCUGAUGAGCAUAGACAGGUAUCUUGCAAUAGUCCAUGCAGUGUAUGCUCUAAGAGCUAGAACAGUGAAGUAUGGCACCAUUGCAAGCAUUGUGGUGUGGCUAGUAUCCUUCUUGGUUUCAUUUCCAGAGUUAAUAUACAAUCAAAAGAUCAAUGACAACAUAAUGACAUGCAGACCUGUGUAUCCAGAUUCCAACAUAAAAUCCCUGACAGCAGUUCAUAUAUUUAAAAUGAAUGUACUGGGGCUGCUGAUCCCAUUAGGCAUCAUGGUUUUCUGUUAUUCGUGUAUCAUAAAAAGAUUACUGACUUGCAGAUCCGUCAAAAAGCAAACCAUCAAACUUGUUUUUUUAGUAGUCAUAGUAUUUUUCUUUUUCUGGACUCCAUAUAAUAUUGUUUCCUUUUUGCACACUUUACAGGUCUUUCAUGUAUUUGAUAAUUGUGAAAUAAGUAAGAGACUUGACUUAAGCCUUGAGGUCACAGAGUCAAUAGCCUAUGUCCACAGUUGUUUGAACCCAUUUAUCUAUGUGUUUGCUGGAGAUAAGUUUAAGAAGCACCUCUCUAGACUGCUACUCAGAUGUAUAGACUGUAAGGCAUUAAGAAAUUUGGGACCAACCACUAGUUCAGUGUACUCAAGAUCAACCAGCAUAGUUCAACAUUCCUCCAGCCUACACAAUUGA